UGUUAUAACCUAUGAUCACAGAAAGUCCUGGGCUUCAUAUUUCUCUGCUGUUGCCUGCGGGCUCCUCCAGAGCCAUGAAGAAGGGGAACUUGAGUCCCAACGUGAGAAGAUGGGUCUGCGCAUGGUGACUCGACCCAUGUGAGAGCUCUCUAAUGUGAGUACCCAGCAGCACACUUUGCUGUCUGUGGUCUGUGGACGUUGACUGGCAUCUAAGCGACACCCCAGCUCCCUCUUCUCCCCCUAGGCACCAGAGUCUUAGAGCCUCCAUGUUCAUUUGCUAUGACAUACAUCAGUGUUGAUGAGAGACAGGAAAACUGCCGGGUGAUCUUGAGCUGCCAAAAUAAUCAACUUUAUGUCCAGCAUGGCUUAAAGGAUUUUUCAGUUAGCAGCAUGCAUCCCCUAAAGAACUUAGACACUGAGAUUUUUUCUGGGGAGUUCCACACUCUAGACUCCUGCCACGCAGGCAAGGCACCUUUGGCCAAUCCUGUGGAACACCGGAUGUAUCGGAGCAUGGAGAAUCUUCACUGGGCAACAGUAGCUGAUUCUGGGCUGUAUUCUCACUGCCAGAGCCUAGAUAAUGAGAUCAUUUUCCACUAUAAAGGCACUAGGCAUUUGUCAGAAGGCUGUGUGGAUGCGACCGCAGUACAGAGCACUUCAGACUCUUUGAGGAAGCUUUCACUCUGUGCUAAACAGACAUCACGAUCGGCACAGAAUGUGCUCCUGCCUCCCUUUACCAAAGUGCCUCAGUGGCUCUUCCCUUCUGCAGAGGAUAGAGCGCUCCACCGGGAUGUCAAAAAAGAACUGAAGGAGAAGCUGAGGCUGCACAGCACCAAGGUGGCCGAGCCCAGCAAGCCAGUGCGCCCACAGGCAGCCCUGACUGACCUGAUGGCCCGGGAGUUCUUUGAAUGCCGGAUGUGCCAGCAGUACAGAAAUGGUUGUGCACUCAACUGCUGCACAGUGUUGGUAGAACACACUGCUCUCAGGCACAGCCUCACAGGGAGGCAGAGACUAUGUCUUGCACACAGAAUCACCAGUCCAGAAGACAUCAAGCAGGAGGCUAGGAGAAGGCUUCAGCUCCGAAGGCAGAACAGCUCCCCCAGUUUGCCCCUUCAAGACACUGGGAAAAGCCAUGAGAUGACCAAAGCCAGAACAGCAGAAUCCUUGGAACAAUGCAAUAGGGAAGCAGAUGUCAAAGUGACAUUGGGGCAGAGUCAGAAAGGCCGCUGCAAAGGGAGGCUUUACAUCCCCACCUUUGAGGAAUUCAAGCAGAUGAGAAGUAAGGAGGCAAAUUCAUCUGCCAGCAGCAGUGGGCUGACAAAGUGCUCAAAUAAGACACUUUGUGCAAGCAAGACUAUGGAGAAGGGGAACAAUAAGAAUGUCUGGCCAGAAGAUUUGGAGACCAAAGCUGUGAAUGAAGCCACUGUCACAGCAGAUGAGGAAGAUGAUGUGUUCCAUGAAAACCACUUCUCUACUAGCUUUUCCCACUGCCCAGACACAUCAGAUGGCUUUGAGAUGAACAGCUCUGAGGUGAAGGACAUGACCUACCAGAUCUCCAGUCCAGAUAGGUCCCCAGUCCCCAUUUGCUGUAGCCCAAUUCCACGAUCACCUUUGCAGGCAGUAGCAAUCCACAGGGCUGGGCAGGAGACCUUCAAUGAUGAGCAGCAGAAAGGCGAGACAAGACAAUUGAAUGAUGUCCUCCACCUUACAGGGCAGUCAAUACCUUCUGAAGCCCAGUCAUCUUGCUGUUCAUCGCUGCUGUUAGAAGCCACAGAUUUAUCCAGCUAUGGAGCUAAACUACAAAAAAUGAAGGAUGAAUUCAUAGGUUCCGCCCUGGAACUUAUUAAGAAAAGCUGCAAUGCCGAGACUGCUGCUAAAUCCGCCACCAAGGGACAGUGUGAUGUGAGGAAAGAGGAUCUCCGGCCUCCAGAAGACAGCCAGGAAGCCACAGCAAUGUCCAUGGCAACAGAGACCUGGGAGAACAAGCCAAGCAAUGAGGCAUCUGGCGAUGCUCAACCUGCAGGGAAUACCUCCAGUGCUGCCUGCCGCCGGUCCAGCUCUGACAUCAUCCACGAGAGCACGGACAGUGCCAAGGCGCAGCGGGAGUGCCGCCUGCGGCCGCAUUUCAGUGACCCCAUGCCGACAGACUCCGUGAAGAGAAAGCAGCUGGAGCUGAAGAUUGCAGCCGCCGCGCGGCAGCACGCGCAGAAGCGCCGGCAGGAGAGGGACUACGGUCCAGUGGUAGCAAAAGCCAACCUUGGCCAUGGUGGCAGCUUCGAUGAGACGCACCGUGCCCCACGUGGUUCCCUCCGCUCCAGGCACCACUGGAGCAAUGUCAGCAGCCUGAGCACAGACAGUGGGAUUGUUGGGGUGAACGAAGACCGGGACAGCCCAGAUGCCAGCGAGGGCACCCGGAUGAGGUCGACGGAGGUGGCCAGGGCAGACAGCGGCAUUGGCCAGACACCAGCCAGGAAGUGGAGGAACCGGGCGGCGGAGACACUGAGCUCCCUGCAGGCCUGGGAGGCCCACCGGCCCUGCACCGACUGUGGAGAGAGGGACCUGCCAGUGGAGACGGAUGUGCAGAACUGCAACCAGAGGCGGGCAGACCUCUGUGAGAAGUGCUGCAAGCGCAGGACGGAGCGCAAGGAGUCCGUGCUGGAGUUUGUCAAUACAGAGGCCAGCUAUGGAGAGGACCUGCGCAUCAUCAAAGAGGAGUUCUACCUCCCCAUGCAGGCGGCUGGGCUCCUGAGCCAGGAGCAGCUCCUCGGUGUCUUCAGCAACAUCCAAGAACUCAUCGACCUCAAUGAGAACUUCCUGGAGAUACUCCAGGAGGAGAUCGAUCGGGCUUUUGACCAGAGUGACGAAGACCUGAUGACCGUGUGCAUUGGUGAAAUCUUUCUGGAGUUUGUCAACAUGCUGCCAGCUUUUCAGACCUACUGUCUUCAGCAGUCCUCCUCUGUGAAUAUGCUGAACACACUGGAGAAGGAGAAGGAGUUGCUCAGAAUAUUCCUUAAUGUCUCUCAGAAUGACAACACAGCAUUGCGGCGGAUGAACCUGAGGUCCUUCCUGAUGGCCCCUUUGCAAAGAGUCACCAAGUACCCACUGCUGCUCAGUAGAAUCAUCAAGGCUACCACCGAGUACCACCCAGAUCAUGGCAGCCUGCGGGAGGCUAAGAGCCGUAUCGAAUCCCACCUGGAGCACAUCAACAUGAAAACCAAGCAGGAAGGGAACACAUGGACCCUGCGUUCUUUUCGCCAGGACAGCAAGAAGAAAAGAGAAGUCAUCAACAUUGAGAUGAGAGAAACUGCCCUCAAAACUGUAGGUUGGCUGCGGGAGGAGACACGAUUUGUGAUGGAAGGACCUCUGCAGCUGGCUCAACCCCCUGAUGGCCAGUGGGUGAAGAAAGGCAGCAAGACGCUGAAGUUCCAGAACAUGCAGGUCCUGCUCCUGGUGAACAUGAAGCGUGUAUCUGAGUCCAGCCUGGAAUCAGCCGAACCAGGGCCUGUGAAAGAUGCUGUGCUGGUGCUCAUCAGGGACAAAAAUAAUGGGAAGUUCCACUUGCUCAGGGAGCCCUUGAGGCUGAGUAAUUGCGUCGUCUCCACGGAUCCCGACUGUGAUGACACUUUUGAACUCAUUGAGAUCAGGCGGGAGGCGUUUGUGUUCCGGGACAGCGACCGGGCACGGACUCACCACUGGUUCAGGCAGAUCCGGCGCUACUCAAGGGAGCUGGGCUCCUGGAAGAAGCGGCGCAACGCGCUGCCCAACAUCAUGAUCAGCACUCCUCACACUCGGCCCUGAACCCGGGGCAGGCAGCACGCAGGAGAGACUCA